AUGCUCGAAAAGUACGGCAAAGUACGAUGCGACCUUGACCAGACAGGAGAUGUCUGCGGAAAUUGCAGAAGACGUCGGCAGACCUGUCGACGUCGCGGCCGCAGUAAAUAUCCUGCCAGGAGUGCCAACUCCGCGGGGCCCUCCUUAAGAUCGUCGGCUGCGCAAACAUUUGAUGGCAGUGAAAAUGGUAUGGAGAUAAUACAACCUGAUCCAUCACCAAAUCAAGGGGCGUCUUCGGCUACCUCAACGCCGUUUGACCCGCCAGGCUACGUGGGCGAGCUAUCUUUCAUGUCUCCAUUGGAAACCGUGCCCGGGCAGCCAUUACCCCAGCCUAUGGGGGCAUUUCAUGCCCGUUUCUCCAGUGAGCUUUUGAGAUCAAUGGAUGCAACAUCCUUGCCGCCGAAAGCCAAAGUCGAAGCAUUCACAGAUGCCUAUUUUGAACAUAUUUACCACCGAGCUCCUAUUGUUGACAGGGCGGAUCUACACUUGGAGGAACCAUCGAUGCUCAUAUCUCAAGCCAUCUGUAUGGUUGGCAGUCUAUUACGCCACCCAAGCCUUCGAUCACCUCUCGAAGAGAGCGAAGAAUAUUACUGCAAAGCUAAAGCAUUGGUGUAUUCCAACUACGAAAUGGAUCAUCGUAAUACACUCAAGGCCCUUUGCCUUCUUAUUUUCAGAAAUGUUACCCCACCAAAUGUUCUCACCUUGGACUGCUCAUGGCAAUGGACAGGAAUGGCAACGCGAUUAGCCUAUCAGAUGGGCCUACAUCGCGAGUCUACCUACUCGAACCUCACAAAUCCUGGGAGUGCGCGUCGGAUGAUGUGGUUUCUCUUUGUGGAGGAUAAGGCCCAAAGCGCCUGUUUUGGACGUCCAUCCGUUAUACGCACCGCCGAGAUGGACCUGCGGCCGUUGCAGCUUGACGAUUUUGAAAGUCAAAAUCUUCAGGCCGAGAUAUUCAUCGAAUAUGUGAAGCUUAAUAUGAUCAUGGGUCACAUAGUGGACCGCCAUGGUCGGCAGAGUGAAUCCCACCAAGAACAGGUAUAA